AUGGCUUUGGAACGAGAUGUCACCCAGACCAAUGGGAAAGUCGACCCAGGCACUGCUGUUGCCGCCGCUGCUGCGACAGAUUUACGAUCCCCGACACGGCCUCGUAAGCCUGAUCACCGGUUGUCUAUGGGACCCGAGAAGGCGUGGUCUAUUGGUUCGGAGGAUCUCAACAAUGCCCAGGACGGCCAGGUUGAGAAAGCGAUUGCAGAGGUCCUGGCAGGAGUGGAGCCGAACGCGCGCAGUCGUAAAGCAAGCCAUAGUCUACGUUUCUUCAAGGAAGGGUUGCCAGAGGAGAAAUUGAAGAGGAGAGAUUCGCGGCUUGGACCCAGAGACAAGCUUUCGACAACAGGCGAUGUCUUUUAUGAUGAACCUACUCACGGUGAUGAUCAAACCAAGAGCCUGCAGCCCUCGCCUCACCCUGCGGGCGAGGUCCCCGGACGUCUGAAGCGCACGAGAACUCUUCCACUUUCUCCAGCAACCAUUGAGGCCCAACAACAGCAGCAGCAGCAGCAGCAGCAACAACAACAACACGCGGGUAAGGAACCGCUGGACUACUUUCAAAUACGCGUUGAACAUGGAAAACGUGAUGAAUCACCUCCCUCUCCUCCUCCUCCUGCUCCUCCACCUCUUCUUUCUGCUGCCGCUCCCUUCGAGAGGCAGUCCCGGACGCCAAGAUCACCAGGAACCGAGAGCCCCACCCGGCUCAAGCAGGACGAGGGUAGACAUGAGGGCAUGAGUGAUGCGGCUGUCGAAGAUGGAGAAUUGUCAGGGGAGGAGAAGAUCUCGUCUGCCGUCUUCGUACCCCACAAAGGGCCGCAAGGCGUCUCUGAGGAAUCAGAUGAGUCGGAAGCAGACUUUCAUACUCCUGCCAAACAACCGCCCAGGAGUGAUCACCCGUCGUCUUGGCUCGUCAAAGCUGAUGAACCCGAGGCUGAUGGGCCGAUGACUCCUCCUGGGCCUCAGAGGGAAGAGCAAGCAACCAAGGGCGACGAUCAGACUCUGGCCCACGGGCAUCAUCCCCUUAUGAGUGUGGAGUCACAGCACCAACCGAUACCUGCACCAUCCCCUGCUGCUCCCAUCGAACACGAUACUGCCCGAGGAGAAGCUCAACCUCAGCUCUCACAGACAGUCUCCCCGGGUCACGGAGGACAUGUUCAUGACCAUCAGCUGGGCACGAAUGAACCACUGGAUGCCAUAGAGCUUGUUCCUUAUCGACAUCAGGUUGGUGGCCACACGACGCUCUGGAGAUUCUCGAAACGAGCUGUAUGCAAGCAGCUCAAUAAUCGGGAAAAUGAGUUCUAUGAACAGAUUGAGAAGCAUCAUAGAGAUCUUUUGCCCUUUUUACCAAGAUACAUUGGUGUUCUCAACGUCACAUUUUCCAAGCAGCCCCGCCGGAAGUCCACAGUCAAGAAGGAUACAAAUACUCCCUCGGAUCGCAAGAAGAUGGAGCAGCCGGAACAAGGAGGCCCAACGACAGAGACAAAUAACGAAACUUUGUCACAGCCCAAUGCGCAACCAAGGCUGAUCAGCCAGUCCAUGCAGUCAGCUCCAGAGCCGGUUCCUACGGUUACAUUCCUAGACAACCAACACAUCUUACCUCGAAGUCUUCUGCAGCCGGCCGUGAAGACAGCGUACUAUCUCGAUCGUGUUCGCAGCUCAUCAGUGUCCCUGCCGGCUUCACACCAGCCCAACAACGGGUCAGACUCGUCCGAGGUACCCGCACGACCAACCCUGGAAGAUCGCCAUGCUAAUAGCUGGGGCACGACGGUGGUUAACAAGAAGCUCCGCCACGAGGUGUUCAGUGAUGCUUUUUUGAAGCAACCCAUCAACGUCCAGCGACAUAAGAGGGCGUACCAGCGUACUCUACCAAGGAAGGCGCUCGACCGGCUCGCGCGACCCGCAAGCUCUGACGCGAGUCUGUCCAGGGCAGACCACGGCCCAGGUCAGCUGUCUCAACCAAGCGUCAGUCCCACCCUGCAACUGCGCGCCCACCAGAAGACCCAGAGCGACCUGGGCCUGUCACCUGCGCCGUGUGACACUAGUGGCGGUGAUCCGAACGAUGUGACGGGUACUAGUGCUCCCGAGCCAGACAUUCUCAGCGAAGUCAUGACGCCGCAGCGCAGGAAACGUCGACACUCGGGCAGCGCUCUGCGAAGGAGACCUAAGGAUGUAUCUGACGCCCGGGGUGACCUGCGCUACUGGGAGGAGCCCGACGAAGCAGGUUAUAAGGGCGACCACGAGGACGUGAGCGAGCUGCCUGCGCCACAAAUGGAGGAGACAACAGUCCAGGCCCCACCCGCUCAGAGCUUCAAUGGGGCCCCUGAGCCAAAGGACGUGGAGCUGUCUGCAGCUCCCUCCAAGUACCCGUCCACUGCGCCAUCACUGGCAACGAGCCCGACAAGUGAGUUUAAGAGAAUUCUCAGGCCGGUCAACCCGAAAGAGGCGCAGACGCAGCGCGAUUCGCGCGUGUCCUACUUCCUACUACUAGAAGACUUGACUGCAGGCAUGAAGAAGCCCUGCAUCAUGGAUCUCAAGAUGGGCACGAGGCAGUAUGGUGUGGAGGCGAGCCUUAAGAAGCAGAAGUCACAGCAGCGCAAGUGUGCCCAGACGACGUCUCGAGAGCUCGGCGUGCGGGUCUGCGGACUGCAGGUCUGGGAUGCCAAGACAGAACAGUACGUCUUCAGGGACAAAUACUACGGCCGCAGCCUGAAAGCCGGUGAGGAGUUCCAGGAGGCUCUUACGCGCUUCCUCUUUGACGGCAAUGACCGUGCCAGCAUCCUACGGCACAUCCCCACGAUUCUUCAGAAGCUCAGCAAGCUGGAGGUGAUCGCGCGCAGACUGCGCGGCUACCGUUUCUACGCAGCCAGUCUCCUUGUCACAUAUGACGGUGACCAGUCUGGUCAAGAUAAUUACGAUACUGCGAUUGAGGACUCGACGACGGACUUUGCGACGGAUACAGAGGACGCGAAUCACGUCCGCAAGCGGAAGAACAAGGGCGAGAUCGACUUCAAGAUUGCAGAUUUCGCCAACAGUCUCACGCCUCAGGACCUGGCCCACGACAAGCCUUGUCCACCACAGCACCCUGACGAGCCCGAUCGAGGUUUUUUGAAAGGCCUGCGCAGCCUGCGUAGAUACUUCUUGAAGAUCCAGCAGGACACUCGCGCUGAACUGGGACUGCCGGCUGCGCAGCGCAACCUCGUCUAUGAUGCACAGAUGGACAUGUCGGACGAUGAGUCGGUGAGCGAGUGA